AUGGUCCGCCACAAUGUCAACAACAUUGUCUUCUCCAGCUCCGCCACCGUCUACGGCGAUGCCACUCGCUUCCCCGACAUGAUCCCCAUCCCCGAGCACUGCCCUCUGGGCCCCACCAACCCCUACGGAAACACCAAGUUCGCUGUCGAGAACGCCAUCACCGACGUGAUCAACGCCCAGCGCAACAACGCCCUCAAGGCCGGUAACGAGGCCGAGGCCAAGAAGUGGAACGGUGCCCUCCUCCGUUACUUCAACCCCGCUGGUGCUCACCCCUCCGGUAUCAUGGGUGAGGACCCCCAGGGUGUCCCUUACAACCUGCUGCCCCUCCUGGCUCAGGUCGCUACCGGCAAGCGUGAGAAGCUGCUCGUCUUCGGAGAUGGUGAGUUCCGGACCCUGUCCCUACUCGAGGCAAAAAUCAGCAUAAAUUGCAACAUGACUGACCCUAAUCCCGCAGACUACGCUUCCCACGACGGUACCGCCAUCCGUGACUACAUCCAUAUUCUGGAUCUUGCCGACGGUCACCUGAAGGCUCUGAACUACCUGCGCUCCAACAACCCCGGUGUCCGUGCCUGGAACCUGGGUACCGGCAAGGGCAGCACCGUCUACGAGAUGAUCCGUGCCUUCUCCGCCGCCGUGGGCCGCGACCUCCCCUACGAAGUGGCUCCCCGCCGCGCCGGAGACGUGCUCAACCUGACUGCCAACCCCACUCGCGCCAACACCGAGCUGGGCUGGAAGGCCGAGCGCACUCUCGAGCAGGCUUGUGAGGAUCUCUGGCUCUGGACCCGUAACAACCCCCAGGGAUACCGUCAACAGCCCCCGGCUGAGCUGCUGGACCAGCUCAAGAAAUAG